AACCCUGACUCUACUCAGCAAACAUCCACGAGUGGCUGUGAUGCGCAGAGGGGAUAGGAGCAGCUCCCGCACGGUCCGGAUAGGAGACUCGCUACCGGGAGGUUGUCAAGAUUCCACCGAUCGCUACGGAAAGCACUUGUGCUGGCGGGAGUUUACCGCUGAGGCGUCGGAUGGAUGAUGAGGAGGAAGACAUGUCACAGCCCAUCUCGCAGCUCUGGGGAUCGUCCUUCAGGGACGUCAAAUACGAAGACCGAACCACGCCGAUUUCAGCCGGACAGGCCCUGGCUGCCGUCACCGCCGCCGUGCCCACGUCGCGGGGUCACAACAACAACAGCAUCGGCAUCAACACGCUGCCCUGCAGCUUGCACUGGCAGCCGCGCAUACCCUUUCACGGCAGCGCUGGAUUACGUUCACAUUUCCCCGCUCACUUUGAGCCAAUGGAGGACCGGGGAGAGAGACAGCAUGAAGAGGAGGAGGAGGAGGAGAUGCAGGAGGAGGGCAGAGGGGAGGAGGAUGAGAGGAUGGCAGAGAGGGCGGAGGAGCAGGCAGGGGUGAGCGUCGAGGCGCAGAUCGGACGCAAACUUCGGGAGAUCGGAGACCAGUUCCAGCAGGAUCACGUUGAACUGUUCAUGAGGCACCAGAGACAGAACCUGCCCGUCUGGAUGCGAUUCACCGUGGCCCUGUUCGGCUUCCUGUUUCCCAGGGAGCCUCUGGUGCCGCGGCUGAGAGGGGAGCAGAGAUGAGGGGACUUCCUGCUCGGCCCCUCCCCUCGGCCCUUGCUUUCCAAAAAACAAGGGACCAGACUUUUAGAGAUGGCACUGUAAGAUGGAACACGGGUUUGGAUUUUGUUUUCUAAUUGAAUAUGAAGACGACAUGAAGAAAACGCGGUCACUGCUGGACGGAGACUGAAUAUGAAUUUCUUUUCCUUUUUUCCUUUUUUUGGGGGUUGUUUUCUUGUUUUUUCCCGCCUCUCCAAGAAGAAGCCAUUGUGUUUGAAGAGAUAUUUUCGAAAUAUUUGUAAGAUUACCUAUUUUGUACAGUAAACUGCUCUUUUUAUUUGGUAAUUCAAGUCUUGAAGAACCUUCAUCAGUCCAGGGAAUGCCUUAUUCUCUCCUGCCACAGUACAUUACGCGUUUGCAUCCAGGACAUCACCUGAACGAGAUCGAUCUUAAGAUCAGGCCACUUGUUUUUAUUUUUGGCGAUACACUGUGGACGUGGACAUUUCUGUGCUGAAGUUACUGACUUAAAACCUUGAGGACUCGGGGCACAUUUCUAAUUUAUUCUCAGAAAAACAAUAAGCCCUCUGCUUAUCCUUAACUGUUCCGCACUGGCUAAUUUGAAAACAUGGUUGUGAUGAAAUUGUUGCAGAUUUACACACUUUUGUUGCACUGUUGGUGUUUUAUCAGCUUCCACUAUAGACGUAGGGACGUUUUAUCAACCCGGUGUCCUCCAUCCGCCUCCAACCACUCGUGUUAGUAGAAGUGGCGUCACGACCCACUGCGUAGAUUUGGAUUUUGUGGAUUUAACCCAUUAAGACCCAAGGAAGGCGAAUAAGAACAUGCUCUAAAACUUUGACUGAAGAGCUGACGGAUUUUACAAAAACUUUUCUUUCCAGCCUCUGAAGCAGAAACAUGAAAUAAAAAGCAUUUGACAGUGACUUUCAUUGUAUAUCAUUUGACGUUUCCCUGAAAUUUUCCCUGAAAAACUUUAAAAACGUAUUGUUGGCUGAGAGCCCUAAGAAACAAACACACUACAUUUUCCCAUAAUUAAUUUAGUCUUAAAGGUCCAUACACGCAUAUGUCGCAUCAGGUCUUGAUGGGUUAAAUCAUUAAUGGAAGCUUACUUGAAUUUGGGUGUACUAUAGGUUUCAGCCGAGAACGGGAUUCAAAGUGUUGAUUCCCUCGUCUCGACUUGCAAUCGUGUGCAGUUCAGAGUGUGUGCUUACUCUUUUUCCAAAAUGUGCAGUAAUAGUGAAACCAAAUAAGCACAAAACUUAAUCAAAUCUCCCUCAUGGGAUUUCAAUCAGGGAACGGGAAACAAUCAGAUGUAAAGCUGAAAAGCUUUGGAUCAAUUUCAUCCCUUUCUAAAGCUUUUCAGGAUUUUCUUUCUCUGGCUGAGUGGACAAUCCUAAUUUCGCCCUCUGUGGGAGAGACGACCUGUAGGAGUGUUUUUAGGGCUGAGCAAUAUUCAAGCCAGUGGGAAGGAGGAAUACAAAACUUAGGGAUCGGCUGCAUUUGCAAUCAAACUGACGUCCAAGGAGGGAAAUGCGUCGUCAGUGGAAUACGUCUCUCUUUACGAAUACCUUUGCGACACACCUUUUGGUUUGAAGCUACAGAGAUGCAUUUUUAUUUGAUUUAAUUCCAGGUGUAAAUGUCACGGGCACUGAUUCAAACCCUGUCAUGCUGAUACAUGUAUGAGAACUCUCACGUUUUAAUCUCCUAUUCAAGUGCUUUCUUUCACCAAACUGCCAGUGGUACAUUUAGCGUCACAGUAAAAAAUAGCUUCUGUAUAUUUCCGAAAAGCAUUUUACAAACACACAUACACACACACACGUGGGAGACAGUUAAGUGAUCUCCACGUGAUAGCUGCUACGUUAGCAAUUUGCAGCGACACAGCCAUUGUAGUCUUUUGAGACUUUGAAUAAGAUGUUAAAAAUUCUCAUUGGAUGUAUUCUUUCAGUCUGUUGUAGAUUCAUGAUAUGAACUUUUGAAGACACUGAUGGUUUUUUUUCUGCUUUAUGUUUUCUUCAGGGAGUAGUUAACAUCCGUGUUAAAUAUGAAAUGUGUUGGCUGAUAUUCCGCCUUUGGGGGAGACCGCCGUCGCGCCGAACAAGCAAAAACAUUUCAUUAGACUUUUAAAAAAAACUUUCCAAAGCAGCUUCCCUCAACAUCAUCAUGGAAGUGAAACAGAUCAUCAGGUCCAGUGUGAAGGAUUUACAAAGGGUCUGUCAGCAGAAUUUGAUUAUAACUGUGGUUUUGAUCAUUCGAAUCACCUUAAACCAAGAAUAUUUGUUUUUUCUUUAGCUUAGCAUGAGCCGUUAACUACAAUGGGAGCGGCUCAUCUUUCGUGUUACUACAUUAGACCAGACCGAACAAAUCAAUCUCAAAGGGUCUUCCGCAUCUUCUUUAUUUCAUAAGAUAUUCGGCCGAACGUGCUAACUUGGCAAGACGGUGAGGGUGUGGGAAGGGGGGGAAAAAUGGUUAUAAAACUGCUGUAGAUCCUCCUACACGUUCAGAAAGGGAGGUGUCGGUUGGAGGCCACUAAAUCCUACACACUGGUCUUUAACUGUCAGUAGCUGAACCAAAAGUUUGUUUCCUGCAAACACUGAUCGCUGAGCCAGUUCAGAUAUUGUGUUGCACUCUUGUCGUCAGUCCAAAGCUUUAUACCCGUUAACUACUCCCUGUCCUUAUACUGAGAACACUUUGUUAGAUUUCUUUUGGAGAUAAUUUAUUCUAAUUUAUUUUGUGUAUAUUUGCUCAGUGCUACUGUAUAGAUGACUCUCAGUGUGUACAGUCCUAUUUCUUCUCCUUGUUCAUGUGCAUUCAGUUGUGUAUUCGAUGCCUGUGUGUAGGGGAGGUCGGACUAAAGCCACGUGCCUCGUGUGAGUCUCUCUUACAAAUCACGUGAUAAACAGACAAUCAAAUGUACAAAAUGUGCCUUGUGAAAAACAGACCCGCCACAUCUUCAUCAUCCUCAUCAGCAUCAUCAACACUCGGCAGACAAUUACCCAAAAGUCACUGGUCACGGCUCUUGUUUCACUCGGGCUCUGUGAGAUCAACGUACGGUAGAGUCGGCACGAACAGUACGGCCUGUGUUCGUUGUGCCUUGAUACGAAAUAAAAUAAACAACAUCAAAUCUGUGUGAUUCCUCACAUCAGCUCACGAGGCACCGGCUCGACCUUUGACAUCUCUCAGCACGAACGGCAGGUUUCACGAUGCAGAACCUUCUCGAUAUCAAGAGACGACUGUUUGCAAUAAAUGUGCACUGUAAAAAACAACAACUAUUUUUACCUGUAAACUGUAUUUUGCUCCUCUCUCUUUCUACUCCUGUGCUGAACUUCCCCCCCCCUCUCGAAAAACUCAGAUGCUGGAUCGGCCGAGGUAGUCUGGGUUUUUCGUGCUUUAUUAUCUACAAUCUAGUAGGGCUGCGGGUUUACAUUUGAAGGAGGAAUGAGCCACCGUUUUUAUUUUAUUUUGUACUUGAGCUGGGUUGAGCAGCCACUGGGUCGGUGUCACUGCUGCAACUCGGCUCACGAGAAACAUUUAGCUAUACGUUCAACCUUCAGUGUCUUUACUAUCAAAUUUCUUCAAUCGUUUUUUUUUUUUCAAAUAUCCAAGAACGAGUGCAUCUUAACUGUCAAGUGCUGUGAUUUGGUGUUUUUAUACAUUUGACAUGAAUUUGACAGCUAUUGUUGCCAUGUUUAUAAAAUUUUAUCAAAACUUUUUCCAUACUUUUUUGUAACAACACGGAGAAAGAACUACAACAUGACUUUUUUUGCUUUUCUAUGAUUGCUUUUUAUUCAGUGUUGUGGCAUUUUUCUAGAUUUCGGAUAUUGCCAAUUCUGCUGUCACUCAGUUCAAGGGCUUUUUUCGAUAAAUGUAAAUGGAGUCAAAAUGCAUGUCCGACAUUCCUGAAAAAAAAUAUUCUGUAUCCUAAGGGUUUGAAUGUAAUUUAAUGGAGUGAAAAACCACAAUAUCUCUUUUUAAUACAUGGACUGAACAGUGGAACUUCUUUCAGACUCCUGUGCUGUCUUCACGUUGCUUUCUUUAAAUUCAGAGUGGUCUCAAGGAUUUCACAUUCAUGUGUUCUAUGAAGUGAGACCCAGUCCAGAUGUAGCAGUUCUUUUUCUUUUCGUGAAAGCAUUGGCUGUGUCAUCUUUGGGACUGCUCUGUGUCAGCUGCAGCGUUUUCCAAACAGCGCAGGACGUGGAGGGAUGGAGGGAUCGGAGGCGGACCGGGGAUGUUUGUUCUUUUUUCUAGUGCAAUAUGCUGUACAUAAGAGCUUGGCUCUCCAAAUCUUACAACUUCUCUUAAGUUCUUUUGUUGUUCAAUGGGUACAUUGCUGUUUUUUUCAUUAAAACUUUAUGGACAAUUGAAA